ACCUAGCAUGCCUUCGGAGACACCCCAGGAGGAAAGUGGGGCUUCGGGAUGCCCGCACCUCUCCAAGGAGCGCCUGUGGAUCCCGCCGGAUGCCCCGAGCAGGUGCACCUGGCACCUGGGCAGGCCUGGCACCGACUCCCCGCAUCACCACACCGGCCUGGCAGAAUCUCCAAAAAUUUUGCCAGAUAUUCUGAGCAACAUCGGGAACACCCCAAUGGUCAGAAUCAACAAGAUCGGGAAGAAUGCGGGCCUCAAGUGCGAGCUCUUGGCCAAGUGUGAGUUCUUCAACGCGGGCGGGAGCGUGAAGGACCGCAUCAGCCUGCGGAUGGUGGAGGAUGCCGAGCGGGACGGGACCCUGAAGCCCGGGGACACCAUCAUCGAGCCGACGUCCGGGAACACAGGGAUCGGGCUGGCGCUGGCCGCGGCCGUGAAGGGCUAUCGCUGCAUCAUCGUGAUGCCGGAGAAGAUGAGCUUGGAGAAGGUGGACGUGCUGCGGGCCCUGGGCGCCGAGAUCGUGCGGACCCCCACCAACGCCAGGUUCGACUCCCCCGAGUCGCACGUGGGGGUGGCUUGGCGGCUGAAGAACGAGAUCCCCAACUCUCACAUACUGGAUCAGUACCGCAAUGCCAGCAACCCCCUGAUGCACUACGACACCACGGCUGAGGAGAUCUUGCAGCAGUGUGGGGGGAAGCUGGACAUGUUGGUGGCUUCAGUGGGCACAGGUGGAACCAUCACGGGCAUUGCCCGGAAGCUGAAGGAGAAGUGUCCCAGGUGCAAAAUCAUCGGGGUGGACCCCGAGGGCUCCAUUCUGGCCGAGCCUGAGGAGCUGAACCGGACUGAGCAGACAGCCUAUGAGGUGGAGGGCAUCGGCUAUGACUUCAUCCCCACAGUGCUGGACCGGGCGGUGGUGGACAAGUGGUUCAAGAGCAACGACGAGGAGGCCUUCAUCUUUGCCCGCAUGCUGAUCGCACAGGAGGGGCUGCUGUGUGGUGGCAGUUCUGGCAGUGCCAUGGCUGUGGCCGUGAAAGCCGCCCGGGAGCUGCAGGAGGGUCAGCGCUGCGUGGUCAUCCUGCCCGACUCGGUGCGGAACUACAUGUCCAAGUUCCUAAGUGACAAAUGGAUGCUGCAGAAGGGCUUCAUGAAGGAGGAGGAGGUCGCGGUGAAGAGGCCCUGGUGGUGGCACCUGCAGGUCCAGGAGCUGAGCCUGUCGGCCCCGCUGACAGUGCUGCCCACCGUCACCCUCGAGCACACCAUCGCCAUUCUGCGUGAGAAGGGCUUCGACCAGGUGCCCGUGGUCGACGAAUCGGGGGCCAUCCUGGGCAUGGUGACCCUCGGCAACAUGCUGUCCUCUCUGCUCGCCGGGAAGGUGCGGCCGGCCGACCAGGUCUGCAGGGUCCUCUACAGGCAGUUCAAGCCGGUCCACCUGACGGACACACUGGGCAUGCUGUCGCACGUCCUGGAGAUAGACCACUUCGCCCUGGUGGUCCACAAGCAGAUCCAGUCACGGGACCGGCCCGGGGCAGGCGUGGUGGGGGGGCCUGCAGACCACAGUGAUGGUGAGCCCAAUGCACGGCAGAUGGUGUUCGGCGUCGUCACCGCCAUCGACCUGCUCAACUUCGUGGCCAACCGUGAGCAGGACAAGAAGUGACAGCUGAAGCCCUGAGUCUGACUCCACCCACCCUGGACACACAGCUGGCACCUGGGUUGUCCAGGGUGGGACCGGCAGGCUCAGUCCCCUUCCUAACAUGAGCUUCCAAAACAGAUUUGCUUGUAUGGGUUUCAAGGGGCUUUUAAGGUGACUUCCUACAAGAUACUUCACCAAGGGGGUGUUGAGAGAGGAAUUGGGCCCAUGCCUGUGGGGAGGCUGAGGCAGGAGGGUUCCAAGUUCCAGGUCAGCCUGGGUGAUACACUGAGACUUUGUCUCAGAAUAAAAAACACAAAGGCCGGGGUGUAUCUCAGUAGAGCACUUUCGGGUGAUCCCCAGUAGCUCCCAAACCCCCCAAAAAGGUGGCCAGGUGGGAUACGCACCCAGAGAUGAGCAGUGGAGAGGACCUCCAGCUGAGCAGAUUCCAGAAUGGGGGACGGCAGGAGGGGGCCGUGAGCCAGGACCAGCUUGGUCCCUGUCUUCGGGGGCUGUGCUGUCCCCUGGGGCUGAGUGGGCGGAGCAGCCUCAGGUUUGGAUUGCAACUCAGGUGAAAUCCACAUAACCUAAAACUAACAGCGGCACAGCGAGCAGGAUGGGUGUUUAGUACACGCAGAAUGCCAGAGUCACCCCUCUGGCCUGCAGCUGAUGAGAUGAGGGCCACCAUGCCAGCCCCUGACCCUGCUGACCACACUCCCCAGCUGGUUUCUGCCUCUGAGUUUGCCUGUUCCGGGCAUUUCUUAUAAACGGAGUCACAGCCCAUGGCCCGUGUCUGGCUGUCUCCCUCUGCGGGA